UUUCAGUCGACGACGGCUGACUUGUUUAAACUGACCUGCAGCAUGAAAUAACCUAUACUUUUGACCAUGUAUAGUCGUUUUUGUUGUGUGUAACAGUGCCGAACUGCUCCGUCUGAAAUGUAUCUAUUACUUAACCCGAUCGACGCUUUAUGUUAUAUCUUAUUUAGUCGGUUAUCGUAGCGCUGAAGUAUCUGGUGUAUUAUCUUGAAAGGUGCAUGAGCUGCUUCAAAAAUGACUCUUCCAGCUUUGCACAACACCGGCGUGAUCUACAGGAGAAUAUUGUCUCAAUUUCCACAAGACAUCAGUUUAGCUUUUGCUUACGGUUCUGGAGUUUUUAAACAGCAUGGGACCAGCCAAGGUCAAAUGGAGAAGAACAUGCUGGACUUCGUGUUCGCGGUAGACGACCCAGUGACGUGGCACACCAUGAAUCUACUGCAGAAUCGCAGACACUACUCCAUCCUCAAGCUACUGGGUCCCACAAAGAUCAGCUCUAUACAAAAUAACCAUGGAGCCUCAGUAUACUAUAACACACUGGUGCCAGUGGAUGGAAAGGUAAUCAAAUACGGUGUGAUUAGCACAGAGUCUUUGAUUGAUGACCUGAUGCACUGGAAAACUUUGUAUGUUGCUGGACGCCUUCAUAAGCCGGUGAAAAUGCUGGCGCAGAGUGAAAAUGGAAAGCUCCGUGGUGCUCUGGUGUCCAACAUGAAGAGUGCCGUGACAGCCUCUUUCCUCAUGCUGCCAGAGAGCUUCACUGAGGAAGACCUCUUCCUGCAGAUUGCUGCUCUUUCUUAUGCUGGGGAUUUUAGGAUGGUGAUCGGGGAGGACAAAUCCAAGGUGGCCAAUCUCGUUAAUGACAACAUUGAGCACUUCCGGAUUCUUUACAACAAUCUCCUACGAGAAUGUCCACAAGUGGUCUACAAACCACAACAAGGAAAGCUCGAGGUUGACAAAAGCCCUGAAGGCCAGUUUAUCCAGCUGAUGGCGUUGCCCCGAACUCUUCAGCAAAGGAUCACCAAGCUAGUCGAUCCUCCCGGGAAAAACCGGGACGUGGAAGAGAUCCUGCUACAAGUGGCUCAAGACCCCGACUGCGGAGCCGUCGUGCAACAGGGAAUCUCAUCUAUUGUGAAGUCCUCCAGUGUAACACAGGCCAUCAAAGGGAUUGCUACAGCUGGCUUAAGGAAGUCUGUGUCCUAUAGCUCCAAAAAGCUGAUGAAGAUGUGGAAGGGCUGGAGGAGGAAGCCAUCCGUCUCACAGAUGUCCUGAUCUUGUGUUUUUUUACUAGCAACCUGUCUGUUCUCAUUACUGUUAGUUUGACCAUCCCUCACCCAUCCUUUUUAAGAAAAAAAAAAACUGACAAAACUGUAACGAGGACAAUCUAUGAAUAUAAGGCACCAUGUGAAUUGUUUGCAUCUGCCUUGUCUCAUUAAACUCAAUAAUUUCCUAGCACAAGGUGACAUUGGAGUCAGACUGACUAUGGUUGAGGACUGCAGUGGCUUACUGCUGAGUGGGUCACAUGAAAGGCCUGGGGAAUAUUUCUCGAGCAAAAUGUCUAUAAACACAGCUUGAAACAUUUACCUCAAGUUAAGUGAAGAAAUUGGUGAGUUAGAUGUCUGUUUUUCAAGCAGGUCAGGAGAUCCUUCCGCAGGUUAUUGUUUUCCGAUCUUUGUGGUGAUGCACCAUUAACAUCAAGGGUUCUUUACACCUGGAUGUUAAGUCUCCCAAUCCCAACCUCAUUUUAACUAUAAAACCCCAUAUUGACCCUUAACAGCCAUUUUCAGCGUUUCAGGGUCAGGCAUUUUGAAUUCAGAUUAACCUGUUGUACCCCAAAAAUAUACUUGACUGUCAUGUUUCGGAUCCUACAAAUGCAGCAUCUCUGGUCACGCUCGGCAGAGAUGUAAAAGGUUAUAUUUUCUUUACUUUUCAUAUUUCAUUCUUUAUUGCUGAGAGGAUGCAUUUUCUCGUUCAUCAAAAUAUGUUGUUUGUUUGGUUUCCACAAAAAAAGGGGGUUGAAUAAACUUUUUAUUAUAACUGCAAAA